GAGUCACGAUCCGACGAAGCACCACCUCUCACUUCUCAACCUUAGUACCUUCAUUAUUACAACCCACUUUCUUUCAUCCCAGAACAAUCACUUUGAACAAAACCAUUCCUUCUUUCAAUACCCAACACAGUCGUCAAUCGAUAUAAUAUUCCCCCCCACCAGUCUUUGACCUUUCCCAUCCUUACCUCGCAACUUAAUAUUCAUCAUCAUUUCCAAAUUAAUGCAAGAUGGCGAACCUUCAUUUUGCGCAUUCCGAUGCGCCUCUCAAGACCAUAGAGGAGAUCCAAUUUGGUCUUCUCUCACCUGAAGAGGUCAAGAACAUGAGCGUUGCUCACAUUCUAUAUCCUGAGACCAUGGACGAGACACGGACUAAGCCACGCCAGAAUGGUCUCAAUGAUCCUCGUCUUGGUUCUGUUGACCGACAAUUCAAGUGUGCAACCUGCUUAGAGAACAUGUCCGAAUGCCCAGGUCAUUUCGGCCAUAUCGAACUAGCAAAACCUGUCUUCCAUCCAGGUUUUAUCAAGAAAGUCAAAAAGAUUCUCGAGAUAGUUUGCCACAACUGCAGUAAAGUCCUGGAUGAUAGAAAUAAUCCCGAAUUCCUAGCUGCUAUCAACACACGAGAUCCAAAGACACGAUUCAGUCGUGUCUGGAACUGCUGCAAGUCCAAGAAAAUAUGCAGUAACGAUGUACCCAAGGAAGAUGACAAGGAGUAUGAGCCGGGCAGCAAGCCGAAGGGCUCGGGCCAUGGUGGAUGCGGCAACUUCCAGCCUUCAGUUCGUCUAACUGCGCUUCAGUUGACAGCGCAAUAUAAGAUGAGUGGCGAGGACGGUACUAAGAGUAGCGAGAAGAGACGCAUGACCCCCGAAAUGGUUCUCAACAUCCUCAAAGCUAUCUCCGACGACGAUCUCCAUGACAUGGGCUUAAACACCGAUUACUCUCGCCCUGAAUGGAUGGUAAUCACUGUACUUCCUGUUCCGCCUCCUCCUGUUCGUCCCAGUAUAUCUAUGGACGGGACUGGCCAGGGCCUGAGGAAUGAGGACGAUUUGACGUACAAAUUAGGUGAUAUCAUUCGUGCCAACGGAAACGUACGACAAGCCAUUCAAGAGGGCGCACCUGCUCAUAUUUCCGAAGACUUUGAGCAACUUCUUCAAUAUCACGUUGCUACUCUGAUGGAUAAUGACAUUGCUGGUCAACCUCAGGCCUUACAGAAAAGCGGCCGCCCAGUAAAGUCUAUUCGAGCUCGUCUAAAGGGAAAGGAGGGCAGACUGCGUGGUAAUCUGAUGGGAAAACGUGUCGACUUUUCUGCUCGUACCGUCAUCACAGGUGAUGCAAACAUUUCACUUGACGAAGUCGGUGUACCCAAGAGUAUAGCACGUACUCUUACUUACCCUGAGACUGUUACACCCUACAACAUCUCACGGUUGCAUAAGCUUGUCCAGAACGGACCCAAUGAGCACCCCGGUGCCAAGUAUGUGGUCCGAACGGAUGGCUCAAGAAUCGAUCUACGACAUCACAAGCGCGCUGGUCAAAUUAAUCUCGAAUACGGUUGGAAAGUUGAACGCCACCUUCAAGAUGGCGACUACAUCAUAUUUAACCGUCAACCCUCUCUUCACAAGGAGUCCAUGAUGGGCCACAGGGUCAAGGUUAUGCCGUUUUCCACGUUCCGCCUCAAUCUGUCGGUCACAUCGCCCUAUAACGCUGAUUUCGACGGCGACGAAAUGAAUCUUCACGUGCCACAAACCGAAGAAACUCGCGCCGAAAUCCGCGAGCUGUGCAUGGUCCCUCUUAAUAUCGUCUCUCCUCAGCGUAAUGGUCCAUUAAUGGGUAUCGUCCAAGAUACGUUGGCAGGCGUAUACAAGAUGUGCCGUCGUGAUGUGUUCUUGACAAGAGAGCAGGUCUACAACACAAUGUUGUGGGUUCCUGACUGGGAUGGCGUGAUCCCCCAGCCCGCAAUUCUCAGACCAAGACCUCGAUGGACAGGAAAGCAAAUCGUCAGUUUAGUCAUUCCCAAGGAGAUCAGCCUCUACACCAAGCCACAGAGUGGUCCCUGGUGCCCACUAGGAGACGAUGGGCUGCUGGUUCAGUCUGGGCAGCUACUUUUCGGUGUACUUACCAAAAAGAAUGUCGGCGCAGCUAGUGGUGGUAUCAUCCAUCUGUGCUAUAAUGAACUUGGUCCUGAGGGAGCCAUGGCCUUCCUUAAUGGAUGCCAGCGCGUCAUUAACUACUGGCUGUUCCAUAACGGCCACAGUAUUGGUAUUGGUGAUACUAUUCCGGACAAGAUCACAAUCGAGAAGAUCCAGGUCCACAUUGAUGAACAAAAGGCAGAGGUCGCUACCCUGACGGCCCAAGCUACCGCAAACGAGUUGGAGGCUUUGCCCGGUAUGAACGUUCGAGAAACGUUUGAGAGCAAAGUUUCUAAGGCUCUCAACUCUGCACGAGACAAGGCCGGUACAACUACCGAGAACAGUCUUAAGGACUCGAACAAUGCCGUGGUGAUGGCCCGUUCCGGUUCAAAGGGUUCUUCGAUCAAUAUCUCUCAGAUGACCGCUCUUGUCGGCCAACAGAUCGUCGAAGGCAAGCGUAUUCCGUUCGGCUUCAAAUACCGAACGCUUCCCCACUUCACCAAAGAUGACUACUCUCCCGAGGCUCGUGGUUUUGUCGAGAAUUCAUACUUGCGUGGCUUAACUCCUUCAGAAUUCUUCUUCCACGCCAUGGCUGGUCGUGAAGGUCUCAUUGAUACAGCCGUCAAGACUGCCGAAACUGGGUACAUUCAGCGUCGUUUGGUGAAGGCCCUGGAAGACGUCAGCGCUCGGUACGACGGCACGGUGCGUAACUCACUUGGUGAUGUCAUUCAGUAUUUGUAUGGUGAAGAUGGUCGCGAUGCCAUGUUCAUUGAGAAGCAGCCUAUGGAUCAUUGGGUCAUAAGAGCUAGUGAUUUCGAUCAUCGGUACCGUUUGGAUGUGAUGGAAGGGCUUCAACCUUCCGUACUAGAUGCCCUUGAGUACGGCCGAGACCUAGUUGGAGAUGCCCAGGUCCAAGAGCUUUUGGAUAUGGAGUGGGACUAUCUUUGCAAGGACCGCGAGUACCUUCGCAAAGCAAAGCUUGGGGGAGAGAAACUCGACGAAAUGUUCCAACUACCUCUAAAUGUUGGCCGAAUCAUUGAGUCAUCGAAGAAGCUACUCAAAGUUGACGAUACGCGACGAAGUAACUUGACACCACACGACGUUAUUCCUGCAGUGAAGGAUCUUCUGGACAGGAUGGUUGUUGUUCGUGGUUCUGACCCAGUCUCUAGAGAGGCAGACGAAUUUUCGUCUCUUCUCUUCAAGGCUUUACUCCGCUCGCGAUUGUCAUUUAAGCGUAUCGCUGUCCACCAUCGGUUAGAUAAGCUUGCAUUCCGUCACGUUCUCGGUGAGCUUGAAAACCGUUGGUCUAGGUCAAUGGUGAGCCCCGGUGAAAUGGUCGGCGUGUUGGCUGCACAGUCAAUUGGUGAACCUGCUACACAGAUGACGCUGAACACCUUCCAUUUCACCGGUAUUUCGUCCAAGAACGUUACCCUUGGUGUUCCCCGUCUAAAGGAAAUUCUCAAUGUUGCUAGCAACAUUAAGACACCUUCGAUGAUGGUCUACUUGGACGGUUCCACUUCCCAGGAGCAUGCCAAGGCACUCCGAAGUGCAGUCGAGCACACCAACCUCCGGUCUGUCACAGCAAUGACUGAAAUUUACUAUGAUCCUGAUAUUGAGUCGACAACCAUCGAACAAGAUGCCGAUAUGGUUUCAUCAUUCUUCCUACUACCCGACGACAGCCAACCACCUGUCGAGAGACAAUCGCGCUGGUUACUCCGCUUCACGCUAGAUCGUCAGAAAAUGCUUGACAAAGGCCUCACAGUUGAGGACGUUGCCAUACGUUUGAGAGACGAGUAUCCUAGUGACAUAGCAGUGAUUUGUAGUGAUAACAAUGCCGAUCACCAGGUGAUUCGUAUCCGCCCAAUGUCAGAAGAUAAGGACGAAGACAAGACGAUCGAGGACGAUGUGAUGCUGAAGCGUCUCUCUGACCAUCUGCUUGAGAAAUUAACCCUGCGAGGUGUUAAGGGCAUUGAGCGGGCUUUCUUGAACAAGGGUACCAGAAUGGCUAUUGAUAAGAGUGAUGCCAUAAUACAAUCAAAGGACAAUCCCCUCUGCGAGGAGUGGUAUCUCGACACCCAGGGCACAGCCCUGCGAGAAGUCCUGGCGGUCCCUGGAGUAGAUUCCAGGCGGACAAUUACGAACGAUCUAUGGCAGACAGUCGAUGUAUUCGGCAUUGAGGCCGCACGACAGGCCCUUCUUAAUGAGUUACGACGAGUGUUGGCUUUUGAUGGUUCCUAUGUUAACGAACGCCAUCUCGCUCUCUUGGUUGAUGUUAUGACGUAUAGGGGUAGUAUUGCUGCUGUUACUCGUCACGGUAUCAACAGAGCGGAUACGGGUGCGUUGAUGAGAUGUUCUUUCGAGGAGACUGUCGAAAUUCUCCUAGAAGCCGCUGCUAUCGGUGAAAUUGAUGAUUGCAGAGGUAUCUCUCAAAAUGUCAUGCUGGGACAAUUGGCUCCUAUGGGUACAGGUCACCUUCAAGUCUUCUUGGAUCCUAAGAUGCUCGAGACCGUCAUUUCCGAUAACUCUAGGAUGGGUCUCAUGCCUGGUAUGACUACCAAAGGAAGCCCGAUGGAGGGCGCGGCAACUCCAUAUGAUACUGGAUCACCCAUGGCCGAUUCUGGCUAUGGCAUGUCUCUCGCGUCUCCAUCAAUGGCUAUGGGCAAUUUCUCGCCAAUUGUGGGAGCUGGCUCUGACUCGCCUUCCGGUUUUGGUACGACAGAGUAUGGAGGCUUUGGCAGUGCAACGAGUCCAUAUGGAGGUCGAAGCCCAGGGGUGACGAGCCCCUUCUCCAGUGGCACUUCACCAACAUCGCCAUUUAGCUACUCCCCAACAUCUCCCGGUGGUAGUUAUUCACCUACAUCACCCAUGAUGGGAAAUAGCUUCAAUACGUCACCAACGUUUAGCCCAUCGUCUCCAUCUUUCUCGCCAAGCUCGCCUCAUUUCAGAAGCACCAGCCCAUCGAGCCCACAAUAUAGCCCGACCUCACCGAGCUAUUCACCAACUUCACCCACGUCGAGACAAUAUUCUCCCACCUCACCUACUCUUGCGUCGCCGGCUUCGCCCAGCUAUUCUCCCACAAGUCCCAUGUAUAGCCCAACGUCGCCACAUCUGCAUCCGGGUGGCACAUCGCCCAACUUCUCACCCGCCUCGCCUAACUAUUCACCCACCUCACCGGCGUCGUAUUCUCCUACAAGUCCUGGGUACAGGGCGCAGCAGUCUUCAACGAGUCCUGGAUACUCACCUACGUCUCCUGUGUACACGCCCAAGACCCCUGGUCCGGGUGGUAAUACGAGCCCGAAGUUUUCCCCAACAUCACCGAAGAAUGAUUAAUUCUCGGUUGCAUAAUAUACACACUUGGCGUCUUGCGGAUGUUCUUCCCCUUAGUA